GGGCGCGGCGGCUCCUCCCGGCGGGCGGAGCCGGGCUGUCAGCGCGGGCCGGCGGCGCGGCGGCGGCGGUGGCCUCGGGGCGGCGGCGGGCUGGGCGGCAUGCGGCCGAGGGGGGCUCCGGGCGCCGCGGCGCUGCUCGCCGGGCUGCUGCUGCCGCUGCUGGGGCCGCUCGCCCGAGGGCAGGAGGCGGUGGUGGUGAAGGAGGCCAGCGGCCAGGUGUUCCUGCAGUGCGGCACCGGCGGCGCGUCCGACAGCGUCUCGUGGUGGAAGGACGGCCGGCAGAUAGGCACCGAGGCGCGCCUGGACCUGGGCGCCGUCUACGACGACCCGCGGGGCGUCUACACCUGCCGGCUGGGCCGCGGGCGUGGCGCGGCCCAGGACCUGGCGCUCCAGGUGCACUACCGAAUGUGCCAGAACUGCAUUGAAGUGGACGCCGCCACUGUCUCGGGGAUCGUGGUCGCGGACGUGGUCGCCACCGUCUUCCUGGCCAUCGCGGUGUACUGCAUCACCGGCCACGACAAGGGACGCAUGUCGCGAGCUUCUGACAGGCAGAACCUCAUUGCCAACGAGCAGCUCUACCAGCCCCUCGGCGAGCGGGACAGUGCACAGUACAGCCGGCUGGCACCUGUCAAGGCCCGCAAGUGAAGUGGGAAGACGUGUGGGGCUGCCGACCCCUUCACACCAGGAGUAACGUUACAGCAAAGCCAUCGCCAGUGCCCGAGAGCACAAGCAGCCAGGGUAGGACCCCAGCACCGCCUUAGUAAACUCGCUGCCGGCAGAAGACAGCAUGAAUUUUUGCCCAAAGAGCCUUCCAGCUCCCUGGAGGCCUCCCGGGCUGGCCUGCUUGUAGCUCUCUGCUCUUUCCCUGAUCUACUGCAUUUUUGUAUUUCUCUGUCAUUAAAGAUGAGCCUCUUUCAUA